AUGAGUGUGGUUGGGUUUGAUAUUGGCAAUGAAAACUGUGUUAUUGCUGUGGUGAAGCAACGGGGAGUUGAUGUGUUGUUGAAUGAUGAAUCAAAACGUGAAACCCCGGCUGUGGUAUGUUUUGGGGAGAAGCAGCGGUUCCUUGGGUCAGCAGGUGCUGCUUCUGCUGUGAUGAACCCAAAAUCGACUAUAUUUCAAGUGAAGAGACUGAUCGGCCAGAAAUUUAAGGAUCCUGAGGUUCGAAAUGAGCUGAAGAUGUUACCAUUUGAAACUUCUGAAGGGAAGGAUGGAGGCAUUUUGAUUCACUUGAAAUAUUUGGGUGAGACACAUACAUUUACCCCGGUUCAGAUAUUGGCAAUGCUGUUUUCACAUCUGACAGAUAUAGCAGAGAAAAAUUUGGAAAUUCAUGUCACUGAUUGUGUGAUCGGGGUACCGUCAUAUUUCAGGGACUUGCAGAGACGGGCAUAUUUGGAUGCUGCAACCAUUGCUGGGUUGAAGCCUCUGAGAUUGGUGCAUGACUGUGCUGCAACAGCACUUAGUUAUGGUAUAUACAAAACAGAUUUCUCUAAUGCAGGGCCAACAUAUGUUGCAUUUGUUGACAUUGGUCAUUGCGAUACUCAGGUGUCUAUUGUGUCGUUUGAGGCUGGGCAUAUGAGGAUACUGUCGCAUGCUAUUGAUAGCAGUUUGGGACGGAGGGACUUUGAUGAGGUUUUGUUUGGUUAUUUUGCGAAACAGUUCAAGGAGCUUUACAACAUAGAUGUGUAUUCUAAUGUGAGGGCAUCUGUUAGGUUAAGGUCAGCAUGUGAGAAGUUGAAGAAGGUUUUGCGUGCAAAUGCAGAGGCACCUUUAAAUAUUGAAUGCUUGAUGGAUGAGAAAGACGUUAGAGGUUUUAUUAAGAGAGAGGACUUUGAGAGGCUUGCAUCAGGAUGA